AUCAGUGUUUAGUUACUGUAGUUAGUACUGAUUUCGGUCGCUGAGUGAGUCCAAGCAUGAAUAUACAUUUUAAGAUUAGAUUUUAGGUCUCGACUCCGUCUUCGAUUCCGUCCGUCGCCGUCGAUUAACAGUGACAAGGUCGAGCCUGAUAUAGUGAUAAUGAUAUACUACACCAUGUCACUUCACACCGUCAUACCAGUUAUCACCACUCUAGCUAUGUAUGUGCAAAUUGAAUUGCUGCUGAAAUUUUUACUACUACUACUAUAGUAGGUACUACUACUACUAGUGGCUAAUAGUAAUAGUAAUAAUAAGUGACGUACGCUACGAGUACAAGCACUCGCCUCGGCUUCCCAGCGCCACGGAUACCGUCAACGUUCCACGGUCCUAGAAACGCAUUUCCAUCUCGCCAUUCAAGCGUAAUGUACCGGGCGUGUAAGAGAAUCGUCUGUCGGUUGUCUGCGUUGGAUUUCGCGCGCUGCGAGCGCCCGUCGAAGCACAGACUCGCUACCGCCCCGCUCGCGUGCGAUCUCCACGCCCUCUAUCCGUGUCGUCGCCUGCACGCCGCGCCGCUGCUCGAGCGGACGACGGAGGGAAUGCUGGGAAGUCUUCUGCGUCGGCAUUUUCGCACGGCAUCCCGUGGCGUGCCGCCGCCGCCGUCGUCGCUUGAGCGGACGAGAGAAGGACUCCUGGGAAGCGUCCCGGCGACGAGCGUGAGCGUGGCGAUGUUAACGACGGACGCUGACGCGCGGGUGCCGCCGGUGCUGGUGGAGGAGGAACUGGAGGAGGAUUUCGUGAAAGGGUCGGGACCCGGCGGACAGUCCGUGAACAAGACGUCGAACUGCGUCGUGCUGAAGCACAAGCCAACCAACCUCGUCGUCAAGUGUCACCAGACGAGGUCCCUGCAGCAAAAUCGUAAGCUGGCGAGAGAGCUUCUCCUGGAGAAACUGGACGUGCACCUAAACGGAGAGGCCAGCCUGGCGAUGCAGAGGAAGCUCCAGCAGAGCGAGAGCCGCAAGAAGAAGAAGAACAGAUCGCGUGCGACGCUGCAGCGAAAGAAAGAUUUCAAGGCGCGGGAGGGGUUGGAAUAACCCGUGGACUUUACACCGCCGUGUUCAUGUGACGCCACUUGCGAUACACGGAAGCUAGUCGAUUCGCCGGUUAGCUUUCUCACGGGCCGAGAAGUGUACUCGUACAUUGUAGCAGUGUACAUGUACACUCGCUCUGGAGCAACUUUUAACGAGAAGGGUACACCUACUCGAGCAACAUUCAGGAUGGUUUCUUGUAUGUGGUUACGUGCUUUGGCAUGGGUGCCCAACCUUUGUUGGCACUGAACUGCCGUGAGCCUGUAGGUGUAGACGGCGCUGAACUGCAAAUGUUUGCUCGAGGUUGCAUCUGAAUCAGGUGGACACGUCAUGGUUGGCUGUUGACUUAGAAGCAGCUGCUCAAACAAGAAGAUUACGUCUGUGCGAUACUGUGAAUAUUUGAAAAAUCAAUAUUUAAAGUACUCAUUUUGCUGUGCAAGUGCAUUACGGGUAUUAUUAUACCGUAUAAGUGCAUAUAUUACAUACAUUGUUAUGUCUGUCACAGUUCAAUCAGUAGGAACUCAAAAUUUAAAGAAGUGGUCUAUAUGAGUAUUGUUUCAUACGUGUGUUUAUCUUGACAAAGUUGACGAAGUGAAAAUAUUCAUGUUUACUACUUGUGUUUAUGAUCACGUGUGGCUAGUUUCUGUGAGUUUGUUGGUUUGUGCAUGCAAGUUAAAGGUUGACAUCACAAACCUUGCUACGGAUAUUUUUGCGUAUGUAGUUGUCCGAGGAUGCUGAAUGCUCCCCCUGGUGCCAAUCACACUUCAGAUGUUACCAUAGAUCAGUGAUCAUCAUUCAUUACCUAUCAACAUGAAUAUAUGUGUUAAAUGCAAGUAAAUACUUGAUCCACAUCUUCAGUAACAAUCAACAGUUCGUUAAACGUCACCGUGCGAGAGGCGGAAUUUUGCAUCUCGCGCGAGACCCGUUGCCGUGGCGACGAAAUCGCUGAACGCUUUCGACGUUUUUUGCUUGCAGGGUACGU